UGAUCUUCUACUUCCAACAAUAAUUAAAUCACGCAGUGAUCAGAAUUUGUGGAUCAAUUCUUCCGAAAAGCGAGAAAGAAAAGAGUUUUAGGUUUGAAAUCUGAUAGAAUAAUGGAAACUUCUUCUAAUAAAAGUGAAUUCGAUUACUUGUUCAAGCUUUUGAUGAUUGGGGAUUCAGGCGUUGGCAAGAGUAGUCUUCUUCUCAGUUUCACCUCCGACUCCUUCGAAGAUCUCUCCCCCACCAUAGGUGUUGAUUUUAAGGUUAAAUAUGUCAACAUUGGAGGGAAAAAGCUGAAACUUGCCAUUUGGGAUACAGCUGGACAGGAAAGAUUUAGAACAUUGACCAGCUCCUAUUACAGAGGUGCACAAGGAAUCAUCAUGGUUUAUGAUGUAACACGGCGAGACACAUUCACCAAUCUCGCCGAAAUAUGGGCCAGGGAAAUUGAACUCUACUCAACAAAUCAAGACUGCAUCAAGAUGCUUGUUGGGAACAAAGUUGAUAAGGAAAGUGACAGAGUUGUGACAAAGAAGGAGGGAAUAAACUUUGCAAGGGAAUGUGGAUGCCUUUUUAUCGAGUGCAGUGCUAAAACUCGAGUUAAUGUACAGCAGUGCUUUGAAGAGCUCGUUUUGAAGAUUUUGGAUACUCCUAGCCUCUUAGCUGAGGGUUCUAGAGGGGUCAGAAAGAACAUUUUUAAAGAGAGAGUGCCCCAGUCUGAUGCAUCCACAAGCAGUUGUUGCUGAUUCUGAUCUUCAUCUUGAAUUUUGGCUGUUCAGAUCUCUAACUAAUGGUGUUGGUUCCAUUCCAAAUUAUUUACAGUUUUUCCUUUACAUUUGUAUUCGACAUGAAUUGCAAAUUGCUUAUGGAAAGCAGAUUGUGGUUCAUUUUUUUUCUUCUUCCAAAAUCAUUUCUAUAUAGUAUGUACAAUAAAAUAACAGUUAAGAUAAUUCCCUGGAUUGGAAGAAUAGCUGACAAAUGAAAGUACAUUUAAACUGA